AUGUCCACCACCGACCCCGACCCCCGAGACCAACCCUCCCCCCUCCCAGAACUCAACUACAAUAUCGCGCCCUCCACGCCCCCAGACGAGCGCAUCGAAGCCCUUAAAUUGAUCGCCGACUCGAUCGCCCAGCAGCGCCAACUCGCCUCCCAAGCCAUGAUCCUGCACCCCACCUCCCUCGCCUUCUCCGUUGCGAUCCUCGCCGUGCUGUACCGCCUCCUCGACUUCUACACCUUCAUCACCACCUCCGCCGGGAUGGUCAUGAUCGCCCUUCUCGCCGUCCGCUGGUACACGGCAGCUUAUAUCCCCAUGGCCGAGGCGAUCGGGUUCAAAUGGCUGGAAGACACGACAAGGGUGCGGUCAAACAGUAAUGGGCACAGUCCUACUAAUUCUGUUUCUGGCGCAACGAGCAAGAAUGCCAAUGCCAAUGUUAAUGGGAACGGGGGCGGGGGUGGGAAUAAUCGCGACCCGAUUGUCCUUGUGGCGAAAUGGGGCGAUGAAACUAUCGGGGCGCUCGUCCUCCGCGUUAUCAAGCGUGUGGGGAGGGGGUUGUUGGAGGAAGGGGCGAAGAUUGUGUGGGGGAAGGGCGGACGGGGGAUGGCGUUUGAGGAGGAACAUGCGAAUAGUGGGAGGGUGUUACCGGAGUGGUUUGAUGGGGGUUUUGAGAGGGAGGAGGAGAAGGGGCGGGAAAUGCUGAGGGCGGUCGUGGAGGAGGUGAGGAGGGAGAGGAGCUCGAGAUAG